AUGUGCUGGAAUUUCGAAGUAUCACUAUCAUUUGCAAUUGUUCAUCUUCUAUCGUCUAUUUAUGUAGGAUGGAAGAAACCACGUUAUUAUAGAAAAUUUAUUAUAUUUAUGAUGUGUUAUUCAUGUAUUGAACUAUUAGAAGCACUUCAAUGGUAUGUUGGAGUUGAACAGAAUUUAAAUAGUUCAACGUGUAAAUUAUCAAAUACAUUAUUAACGGUUGUUGCUUAUAUCCUGAUAUGGAUACAACCAAUUAUGUUUAGCCUAUUUUCCGUUAAAGGUGAUUUCCGUUUCCCCUUAUAUUAUUCAAUAUAUGCUUUCAUAUUGGCACUGCUUACUCUUACACUUGGCUUUAUACACCCAUCAGUCGGUUUGCAAUCAAUGGGAUUAACAGAGAAAAAUAAUUAUGGACGAUAUACAUGUACAUAUAUGGGU